AAUAUAUAUAUAAUCUUUUAUAUAUUAAAGUUUGUAUAUUUAUUUAAUAAUACCUGAUUUUUAUAAUAAAAUUUGUUAAAUCUAAAAAUUUAAUAUCUUUUAUGGUUCAAAUUAUAGAGUACUCAAUUGCUCAGCAACGUUUUUGCAAUGGAUUGGGUAACAAUGAAUAAAAGUCUUAAAGAAAGUUUAUUAAUGAUUAUGAAUCGUGCAGUAGUACCUAUAGAAUUUACCAGCGCUUAUGUUCUGUCAAUGAAUCUUGACUCCUUUGUUGGGGUUAGUAGAAAAAUUAAUUUGCGAGGAAAAAUUAAUUUUAUAAUAUAUUAUUGACGCAAGUGAUAAUAGAUUUUUAAUUCUGAUUAAGAGACAUUUCAUUUAAUUCCAAAAAAUAAGAAAUAAAACAAUUUAUAAAGAACAGUAUUAAAUAGUUUAUCAAAUAUUUUAGAUAAAUUUCAUACAGCAUCGAAAGAUUUCAGCAAAUAUUUCACUCCGAGGCAAUAUUGUAAAAGCAUUCCAAAAUAUUGUAAUACAAUGCAAUAUUGUUAUUAUUGCAAUACAAUUACAACAAUGUUAUAUUAAAAUAUGUUUUGGCAUUUCUAGAAAUAUUUCAGAUAUUAUAUCAACACAUUUUGGUACAUAUAGCUUUUAAUAUACAUAUUACGACUAACAUGUCCUAAAUUAACAAACAUGUUUUAAAGUUUUAUAUAAUAAAACUAAGAAAAUUAUUUUAAUAAUUUUUAUUAUAUAUUUUUUUUGUUUUUGAAAUCAAUUGUAAGAACUUAUAUCUUGAAAGAAUUAUUUUAUUAAAAAUGAGUGAAAAAUUUCAUAAUGUCUGGUUUUGUAUCUUCUAUCCUAUUUUAUGUGACUUUAAUCCCGACAAAUAAAAUUUGGUCGUAUUUAUCUGAUGGCAUAUAGUGCCGGCACGCGACGGGAAAAGCAUAAGACAUUUUUUAAAAAUAUUAUAUUUUUUUUAAAACGUGGCUGCAACACUGCUGAAGCAAUACUACAAGGUUUUUUACAACGUUCUCGUAACAUUGUAUUACAAUAUAUAUUUCAAUGUUGCAACUAUGUUGUUGUAAUUUUCUGUGUUGUAUAGAAAUGUAAAAAAUAGGAGCGUAUUUUAAAAUGAAUUAUAAAAUUUGAAUAUAUAUAUUUGUUGCAGUUACUUAAGACAUCAUAUUCAGCUUAUAACAUACUAAAACGAAUGUAGGAGUUAUGAGUAAAAGAUAGAAAUAAAAUUGAGAUUAUUAAAUUUCCUAACAUAUUAUUUUGAUUUCUGAUCCCAAAAAUCCUUCCUCGUGUCAGAAUUUUGUUGAUCGAUAUUUGUAGAAGUUUACAUCAUAAUUAGUAUUGUAGGAACUGUUGAAAAUUAUGUCUCUUCCCGCGAUCUAGCUUAUUUUGUAAGCUGCGCCCAUGCUACAAGGACGCUUUGUUCCUAGCUCGCGUCAGGGAUCUCCCGAGAGAUGGAGAUGGCAAUUGGUUUGAUCUUUUUCGCUGCACUGCUGCACAGGUUAAAGUAAGAUAAAAAUAUUUUUUCUCACUCUAACUUAUUGCACCAGUGCAGCAGUGUAGCGAAAAAGAACAGGCCAAAUACGUGCCGGAUGGCUGAGGGACGAGCGAGAAUGAAAGAAGAAGGUGUGUGUGCAACGCUGUAUGAGUUUGGCGCGAGAAGAUCCUUGGCGCAAAGAGACAACGGAGAGUUCCUCCCUCGUGCUAUUCGUUUUAUAAUAUUCAGUGUAUUUCGCUUUAUCAACAAAUAAACCAACAUCUGUUUUAUUAUCCUAUAGUAUUAUAUCUGAACAAAUAAAUGGCAAUUGCUUAUAUUAAUAUAUUUAAUGAAUUGUUAUCUAAUAUAAUAAAAAGAAUGAUACAAUCGAAUAUUAAAUUAAAUUGUAUGUAUGUAACAAGAUAAGUUUAAAAUGUACACAUAGAUGUAUGUAUUCCUAUAAAGAAUUCUUUUAUAUUUUGUCCGAGUUUAUGGCUAUUUAAAUCAAUAUCAGAAACGGAAUUGGAUUAAAAUUUGAAAAAAAAAAAAGUAAAUGCAUAUUACUAGCGACAGUAAUAAAUAUUUACUAAGUAAAUUGAUGGGAUAUUUAUAUUAAAAUUUUAUAAAGAGAAAAUGCACUUUAUAGUCUAUUAAAUUUCUAUGAUUUUCUUACAUGGUCUUUUACAUUUUCCCCAUAUUUUAAUGUAGUAUUAUAUUACAUGUUAUAUAGAGUUUUCAAAUGCGACUGUGCACGCAAACCGUAGCGGGAAAGUAGGGAGUGAUAUUGCGAGUUUAGUAUUACGAUAAUUAUAUAGUUGCCGAACACGGAGGGGAAGCUAGAAAAGCAGUAUUGUCAUUGAAAACUUUUAUCGUAUAGCUAUAGACGUUCUGAGGUUUACCAUAUGGAAUUUCGCGAGUUGAUUUGUGGUGCUGUUGAUAGAGAAGAAGACGUUUGUAUUUUACAUAUGUGAAGAAACUUUGAACUUUUUAAUCUUCGUAUUCGGCUUAUCGGGGGAUUGAGCAAAAUUAAAUAUAUUCAUAUAUGUACAACAGGCGUAGAAUUUUAUCUAUAUACUGUAGUAUUAUUUAUAUAUUAAACAAAUAUCUACAUUGAAAAGAAACGUGCUAUGUAUAAUAAACAGUUAAUAAUUAAUAUUUUGUGAGACCAGUUUAACUUAUUUGCAUUAUAUUAAUUAAUGUUAUUAAUUAAGAAAAGAAAUGUUAUAUAGACUUAAUAUAUUUUAUUAUACAAUAUAUUUACAAUAACAAGAAUAUUUUAAUAUAUUAACGUGUUGGUAUAUCUUCAAGAGUGAUAUUAAAAAUAGAACAUGCAGGUUCUUGAAUUAACAUUAAAUAUUCUUACGGUUGUGGGAUGUUGGCCACCGAAUUCUUGGACGUCACUGUGUAAACGUACCAUAUAUAACAUAUAUACGGUUUCCUUAAUAUUACUGCUGUUUCCCUACUCGCUAUCUCAAUUCAUGGAUGUCAUUCUGAACGUCGACAAUACCGAUGAUUUUACAGAUACUUUCUACGUCAUGCUCGCAACGAUUAUUUCUUGUUGCAAAAUGAUUAGUAUUUUGAUAAAUCGCAAGAAUAUAGGAAUAUUUACCAAUAUUCUUACUCAGAAACCAUUUAUCCCAUUGGAGGCUGACGAAAUAGAAAUUCGCCACAAAUUCGACAAAACAAUACAAACUAAUACUUUAUGGUACACAAUUUUGGUUGAGUCGACAUGUGCAUGCAUCGUGUUGACAUCAUUAUUUACGAAUUUUCGGAAAGGUAAUUUAACGUACAGAGAGUGGACACCGUAUAACUACACAUCCGAAGUACUAUUCUGUUUCAUAUAUUCUCGUCAGUUAAUAAGCGCGACUGUUGGUUCUAUAGUGAACAUAGGGUGUGACAGUUUAAUUUGCGGCUUAUUAUUGCACAUAUGUUGUCAGAUCGAAAUACUGGAGUGUCGAUUGAAAAAAAUCUCCAAUGACCAAAAUAAUCUGCGUGAAUGUGUACGUCAACACAACUGUAUAUUUAAAUUUGCAAUAAUGGUGAACGAAAAAUUCAAGAUAAUUAUCGUUAUUCAGUUUGUAGUGAGCACAUUAGUAGUAUGCUCCAACUUAUAUCAAUUGACGAGAAUAACAUUGAAUGCACAAUGCUUUCCACUGAUAUUAUACACAUGCUCCAUGUUAGCACAGAUUCUUAUAUAUUGCUGGUUUGGAAAUGAAGUGAAACUAAAGAGUGUUCAACUCACCACAAAUAUCUUUGGAAUGGAAUGGCUGAUGAUGAAACAAAGCAGAAAGAAGAAUUUAUUAAUAAUUAUGAAUCGUUCAUUAACACCCAUUGAAUUUUCUAGCGCAUACAUUCUCACACUAAAUCUCGAUUCUUUCGUGAGUUUACUUAAAACAUCAUACUCGGCUUAUAACAUAUUACAACAAAUGCAAACGUAAUUUAAAUGGAAGAUAAUAUAGAAAUUAGGAAGCCAAAAUAUUUUCCAUUAAGCUAUCUGUAUCUUUAAUAUCAGUAAUUAAAAUUUCCUGUUACAGCGUUAAUAGGUUCUCGAUAAAUAAAUAAUAAUUAAUUACUACAAGUUUUUUUUUCUUAUAUGCACAAUCUUUACUUUAAAUUUUUUGUAAAUAAUUCAAACAUGUCAACUUCUAAGAAAAUCUUAUUUCAUUAACAAUACGCAAUACACUCUAAUAAAUAAUAAUCAGUUUAUUAUUACUGAUUUGCAGUAGUACUUAUAAAUGUAAUAAUUUGUGAGUAUUCACUGCAUAUCUUUUAGUAAUUUUGAUUUUAGAAUUAGUGUAUUAUUAUUAAAAUAUUAGUAUUUUUUACUAUUUAAUAAGUUACAAGUAUACCAAUAAAAAUUAAUGG